AUGAAAUCGGAAGAAAAGAACCAUGGCACAAUCUAUAAGGUUGCUGGGCCUUUGGUUGUUGCUGAAAAUAUGAGUGGAACAAAGAUGUACGAGUUAGUUCGUGUUGGUUUCCAAAAGUUAGUUGGAGAAAUUAUUCGUCUUGAAGGUGAUACUGCUUCAAUUCAAGUUUAUGAAGAUACUUUUGGACUUACUGUCGGUGAUCCUGUUAUUAAGACUGGCCAGCCACUUUCAGUUGAGCUUGGACCUGGCAUAUUAGAUAAUAUUUUUGAUGGUAUCCAGAGACCUUUAAGAUUUAUUGCAGAAUCUACAAAAGACAUGUUUAUUCCUAGAGGAAUUGAUGUUAAAUGCUUAGACCAUGAUAAACUUUGGGAAUUUACUCCAAAUGCGAAUUUAAGAGUUGGUGAUAUUAUUACUGGAGGUGAUAUCUUUGGGUCAGUUUACGAGAAUUCUCUUUUUAAGUCACAUAGGAUUAUGUUACCACCAAAUGUUCAAGGUAGAGUUGUGAGGCUUCCAACUGCAGGUAACUACACAAUUGAUGAGGAUUUGAUUGAGAUAGAAUAUGAUGGAGUUGUAAAAAGUUAUUCUAUGCACCAUACUUGGCCUGUCAGAGUUCCGAGACCAUGCUUGGAGAAAUUACAAGGUAAUACUCCUCUCUUAACUGGACAGAGAAUUUUGGAUGCUUUAUUCCCAUCAGUUCAAGGAGGAACCUGUGCCAUCCCAGGAGCAUUUGGAUGUGGUAAGACUUGUAUUUCUCAAGCUUUGAGUAAGUAUAGUAACUCUGACGUAAUCAUUUACAUUGGUUGUGGAGAAAGAGGAAAUGAAAUGGCAGAAGUUCUUACAGAGUUCCCUGAACUUUAUACUAUUGUUGACGGUAAGAAGGAGUCAAUUAUGCAAAGAACUUGCUUAGUAGCUAAUACUUCAAAUAUGCCAGUCGCUGCUAGAGAAGCUUCCAUAUACACUGGUAUCACACUUUCUGAAUACUUUAGAGAUAUGGGUUGUAACGUUUCUAUGAUGGCAGAUUCUACUUCUCGUUGGGCUGAAGCUCUUAGAGAAAUUUCUGGAAGAUUGGCUGAAAUGCCGGCAGAUUCAGGUUACCCAGCAUAUUUAGGCGCCAGACUUGCUUCUUUCUAUGAAAGAUCAGGAAGAGUAAGAUGUAUGGGUUCUCCAGAUAGAGAAGGUACAGUAACUAUAGUCGGAGCAGUAUCUCCUCCUGGUGGUGACUUUUCUGAUCCAGUUACUACUGCAACAAUUGGUAUUGUUCAAGUAUUUUGGGGAUUAGAUAAGAAGCUUGCUCAGAGAAAGCAUUUCCCUUCAGUAAACUGGAAUACAUCAUUUAGUAAGUAUUCCAGAGUUUUAGAGCCAUACUUUGACUCAGUUGACCCAGAAUUCAAUAAUUUGAGACAGAAGAUUUCUGAGAUUUUACAAAAGGAGAAUGAGCUUGCUGAUAUUUUGCAAUUAGUUGGUAAGGAUUCCCUUUCUGAGGAUCAGAAGAUUGUUUUGGAAGUUGCCAAAAUUAUUAGGGAAGACUUCCUCCAACAAAAUGCUUUUUCAGACUAUGAUUUUACUUGUCCUAUCCAAAAGACUCUCGGAAUGAUGAAAACCAUUGGAAACUUAUACGACCUUUCUUUAAAAGCUGUAAAAGAUUCAUCUCAGCAACAACAAAAGAUUGGAUGGUCUACAAUUUAUAAUUCAAUGAGAGGUACUAUCAAUAAGAUCACUUCUAUGAAGUUUUUGGACCCAAGAUUAACUGAUCAAGAAAUCAAAAACCACUUUUCUCAACUUAAUGAGGAGGUUUCAAGCCAAUUCAGAGCCAUUUCUGAUAAGUAA